AUGCUCGACCGUGAAUGCUCUGUGAGUGUAUCUUCCCCCAGGCUAAGGGAGAAAACCACUGACAGCUUCUUGUCAACUAGAACAGCGCGUGGCCAUUCCCAUUAUCAUUUUGCUAGACAGAGCAAUCAGACACAGGUGAAUGCUACCGCAGACUACGACUAUGUGGUGGUGGGUAGUGGGCCCGGGGGAGGCCCAUUGGCAUCUAGAUUGGCUAUUGCUGGAUACAAAGUCCUCUUGAUUGAUGCCGGAAGUGAUCACGGAGAUGCCCUCCAGGUGCAGGUCCCAGCAUUGCAGCUCUCAGCCACAGAAUACGAACCAAUUCGAUGGGAUUACUUCGUCAACCACUAUGACGAUGUGACACGACAAGCAAAGGACUCGAAAAUGGUUUGGGAAUUGCCGUCUGGAGAGCAUGUUGUGGGAAGCAACCAACCAGCUGGAUCAACGCCUCUGGGUAUCUGGUAUCCGCGUACCGGUGCGUUGGGUGGCUGCUCAAUGCACAACGCGAUGAUCACCAUCUAUCCUCACGAGAGUGACUGGAAUCACAUUGCGUCGAUCACGGGGGACGCCUCGUGGAAGGCUGAUAAUAUGCGCAACUACUUUCAACGAUUAGAACGCAGCAGAUAUCUUCCGAACGGUGUCGUGGGCCACGGCUUCAACGGUUGGUUGGAGACCAGCCUCACGGAGUUGUCACUCGCUGUUGAGGAUACAAAACUUCUGUCGUUGAUCAUCGCUGCUGGAACUGCCAUGGGCAAGGGCCUUAUUGGGAAGCUUCUCAACACGAUGACCGGGCUGGCUGAAGUUUUGUUGCAAGAUAUCAAUGCCGACACACCCAGCAGAGACUCGGCUGAAGGUCUCUACCAGGUCCCAAUUGCAGUCACGGAAGUGGAGAAGAAGCGCAAUGGUCCCCGAGACUUCAUCCUCGAGACUGCACAUGCUCGCAAUGCUGAUGGUUCGCGCAAAUAUCAUCUGGAUAUCAAGCUCAACACUCUAGUGUCCAAAAUACUGUUCGAUACUUCAGGUACCAAGCCCAAGGCAGUUGGUGUUGAGUAUUUCGACGGGCCCAGGCUCUACCGUGCUGAUCCUCAAGCAGGCGCCGCCCCUGCCGGUGUUUUGGGCAGUGUCAAAGCGUCUCGCGAAGUGAUCGUCUCUGCCGGUGCCUUUAAUACGCCCCAGCUGCUCAAGCUUUCAGGCAUCGGUCCCGCCUCCGAGCUGUCACAGUUCGGUAUCCCUCUCAUUGUCGACUUGCCGGGCGUGGGCACAAAUCUACAAGAUCGAUAUGAGACGACAAUUGUGGGAGACAGCAAUACCGAUUUCGCCAUCACCAAGUACUGCACUUUCCUGCGCACUCCGGAUGAUCCGUGCUUGAAGCAAUGGCAAACCAAACCAGGCCCACUCCUCAAAGGUACAUACGCCACCAAUGGUAUUUCCAUUGCCAUCGUCAAGAAAUCGUCAGUCGCAGAGGGUGAUCCCGACCUCCUCAUUUCUGGGGCUCCGGCGUUCUUCACAGGCUAUCAUCCCGGGUACGCAGCCGAGUCGCUGAAAGACGCACACCACUGGGCAUGGGUUGUGCUGAAGGCACACACACACAACAACGCUGGGACCGUGACCCUGCGCUCGACCGACCCUCGCGACAUGCCUAUCAUCAACUUCAAUUACUUCGACACCGGCGUCACAGCCGGCGGCGCCGACGACAAGGAUCUCCAGGCAGCGUACGAGGGAAUGAUGUUCUCCCGCGAGAUAUUCAAGGACUACAUCCCGCUCCAGGGCGACUUCGAGGAGGUCUGGCCUGCGCAGAACGCCACCACUCAGGCCGCCAUGAAGGAAUGGAUCAAAAAGGAGGCUUGGGGCCACCAUGCCAGCUGCACCGCCCCGAUCGGCGCUGACGACGAUAAGAAUGCUGUCCUGGACUCGAAAUUCCGAGUCCGUGGCGUCGAUGGCCUGAGGGUCGUGGACGCAAGCGUCUUCCCCAAGAUCCCCGGGUUUUAUAUCGUGCUGCCUACUUACAUGAUCAGCGAGAAGGCCGCCGACGCUAUUCUGGAGCGUGCUGCAUCGGUGUAA